AUGCUCACAGUCUUCGCGACACUGUCCAUCGCGUUGCUCAUCUAUGUCAUUGACCAUUAUGGCAUCGCGACCACGCUACCGAUCAUUGCGAGCGACUUGAACGGAAAGAACACAAUCUCAGAGGCGGGUACCUCGGCGCUGCUCGCCAACACGACAUUCCAGAUGCUCUAUGGCAUCGAGAUCUACGCCAAUCCAGUGGUCAUGGUCAGGCUUCUGCUAACGCCCAUGAAUUCUCCAUGA